AUGCAAGAAGAGAAGGCCAAUGUCACUUCUCAUAUUGUUCAGGGGAAGGAGCCAGAGCUGUCAUCGGGUGUUCCGGAGCCAGUUUCGGCAUCCUCAUCUGGAACAGCUCAAGUUCCCAAUUCUACCCCGACGGUGAAAGUUCCUGUAGCAUCUCCACCAAUGGAAUGUGAUAGUUCGGUUCCAAGCCCGCCAAAGACAACUGUAGCUGCUCCAGUUUCGUCAGUCGCACCUACUUCGCAAACAACGCGGUCAGCAGCUUCCCCAUUGAGAAAGGAAGAAGAUGUACGCUCAGAGCGUAGCUUCGUGGAGUCUCCUCAACCUCCUCGCGCACCAGCUCCAGCACCGUGGGACAGUACGCCUUCACCUCGGCCACGUGACUAUUCACCGGAUCGCGAAAGUACUGCAACACGAGAUACCGAGAAGGAGCGUGAUUAUGAAAAGGAAAAGGAGCAGCGAGAAGCUGAACGAGAAAAAGAGGAGACACGGGAUCAGCAGAAGAAAAAAGCAACGAAGGAAGUCCGUGCUGCCGUUUCUACCCAGUCUCGCCCAAGAACAAAAACUAAUGAGAUCGCUCGGUUGCUUGAAGAUCUAUGCGAAGGCUCAUGGGCUAAUACUGUUCGGCGGGUGUCAUCUAGCUCUCGCCGUCCUACGGAAGAGGCCAUCAUUGAGCGUAAUAGUAGAAAAGAAAAGAAAAAGAUGGAGAAAAAUCGCAAAAAGGAGCGCUCACGAGAACAACGGGCGUCUAUUGCUUCCUCUUCUGUAUCAUCAUUGACUACAUCGGCUUCCUCGAAACCUGCAAGGCGAAAACUGAAGCAGCUUAGCGAUGACUCCAGCUCGGGAUCAUCCAGUGAUUCAGACGAGGUUGUGCAACCUGUCCGGAAAGCAGCUGCAGUGGAAAAGAAGAAAACGGAAGCGGUCCCUGAUUUGCAGAAACGAAAGCGAAUCUCACCGCCAACCUCAGACAUGUCGUCAAACCGAUCUAGUGAUUCUGACUCUGACUCUGAUGAUCGCAUACCAUCGAGAAAAGGUGGCAAACGCCGUUUCUCACCCGGAGAGAAGAAAACGUCGGAGAAGAAAAAGUCGUACUCAUCAAGUUCAAUCUCUUCUGUUGCCAAAAAGAAGGCCAAGGGUGUGAAUCGUAAGCGUCAAGAUUCGAACACGGACGAGGAAGCGAUCACGCAACACGAUCCUAGUACAACAUGUGCCCUGAAUGCUGAGUGUACAAGG